GGGCUUCUGAGCCCAAUUUCUUAUUACAACUUAUGUUUCUUCUUCCUCCUCUCCAUCCCGAUCUCCAUGGCUGAUUGGAUUUUCUUCAGCUUUUCUGAGAUCUGCAUAGCUUCUCCAUCAUCAUCACUUAAAUUCUUGAAAAACCACUGGUUCAGAGACACAAGAACCCUCUAAUUCUAACUUUUUCGAACUGUCCUCGCAUCAUCCAAGCAAUCCCAAAAUCCUAAUUGAAUGGAAUCCGUAGUCACCAGUUAACUAUAUCAAACUGAAUUUGGCGGCCAUUAUUAUGAAAAUGUCUUCUUUCCUGCACCAAAGGCCACUUCACAAUGUCUUGACCGACCCAUAUGAAUCAUCAUCCCCGAAAUCUUCCCAAAAUCACCAACGACCCAUCAUCACCUUCCUAUUCAACCGAACUUCCCUUUUCCUGUUCCUCACUCUGCUCAUAGUUUUUGGCAUUCUUUCCCCAUCAAUUCGAACCCCUUUACAAGGCCUUGUGUUUUUCAAUAACAACAGUAAUGAUAAAGUGUUUGAAACCAAGUGGGCCGGGUACACACUUGCUGAAGCUACCUCGUUUGUUGCAAAGAAUCGCACCUUGAUUGUGUGUGCCGUGAGUGAGCCUUACUUGCCUUUCUUAAACAACUGGCUGAUCAGUAUUUCGAGGCAAAAGCACCACGCCAAGGUGUUGGUGAUUGCUGAGGAUUACGCUACUUUGUUUAAGGUUAAUCGUAAAUGGCCUGGUCAUGCUGUGCUCAUACCUCCAGCUUUGGAUUCUCAGUCUGCUCACAAGUUUGGUUCGCAGGGUUUUUUUAAUUUCACAUCCAGAAGACCACGACAUCUUCUACAAAUUUUGGAGCUUGGUUAUAAUGUUAUGUACAAUGACGUUGACAUGGUCUGGUUAGCAGAUCCAUUUCCUUAUCUACAAGGAGAGCAUGAUGUGUAUUUCACAGAUGACAUGGCUGCUGUGAAACCACUGAACCAUUCUCAUGAUUUGCCGCCUCCAGGGAAAAAGGGCCGUACUUACAUUUGCAGCUGCAUGAUUUAUCUACGGCCUACUGAUGGAGCAAAACUAGUCAUGAAAAAGUGGACUGAAGAACUUCAGGCUCAGCCAUGGUCCAAAGCAAAAAAAGCCAAUGACCAGCCUGCUUUUAACUGGGCUCUGAACAAAACUGCUGGACAGGUCGACUUGUACUUGCUUUCCCAGGCCGCUUUCCCGACCGGUGGACUAUAUUUCAAGAACCCGACAUGGGUAAAGGAAACUAAAGGAAUGCAUGUCAUUAUCCACAACAACUAUAUCACUGGUUUCGAGAAGAAGAUAAAGAGAUUUAAGGAAUAUGGCCUCUGGUUAGUCGAUGAUUAUGCCUCAGAAUCCCCCUUGGGAAGAUUGUGACAUAGAUUGGAGAGAACUCGUGCAGUGAGGGUAUAUCAAUUGGUUGGUUACAGUUUGAACAAGGUGAACAGACAUAGUUGGAGGAGGAUUAUAGACAUAACGAAGGCCUUAAACGCUUCGAUAUAGAUAUAUCAAUUGGUUGUUCUGAUGGUCUUAAACGCUUCGAUGCUGAGCUACAUUUUUACCAUUCUGUAUGUAGUAGUAAUUUAAUUUCCUCUGCAUACUGAGAUGUUUCAAUUCCAUUUCACAGAAAAUUUGUGGCAAGUUUGUUCUUUUCCUAAUCAUUAUUAUCCCCGAAGGAAUAACACAUUCUUUUCGUGGGUCAGAAUCCCCAUAUUCCACGCCUUAAGAACAACCUGUUCGGG